AUGUGCCCUCAAGUUUUGUCGAUUACACAACCAGGCAAUGAUGGAUUUGAGAUCCCCAAGAUUUCUGCUGAUGAGCCCAUUGGGUCAAUGAUCCGGAAGCUUUCGAAGUACAUCAUUCAAGCGAUUCCAGAUACACCGUAUAGUUUUGACCAGAUGCGGGGAACAGCAGCAGGGUCCCCUUUAAAGAAACUAGCAAUAUCUCUGGCUGACGAAGUACAUAACCCUGCUCUUAUCAAAGCUCUAAUGGAUAUCAUUGAAUAUCUGCUCGAUGAACUUCCGGACACAUGGACCCUGCCAACAUCUGAAGUUGGUAUCCAAAGCUAUGUUGAAGAACCAUUCAGCACGCGCAAAGCAGACUCAAGUCAAGAUGACUAUGAAUGCAGACCACUAUUAUAUCACGCUAGACCUUUUUCGCGUCUUUUUGGUUAUGGAACAAGAACCGUUAAGAAUUCGCAGCGAAGCAGCUAUAACACCGGUGCAAACCCUUCGGGAUCUGAAUUCGAAUCUGACGAAUAUGGCAUAUUUGCCGGUUUUAAUGCUCUGGAAAUCGCGAUAAUUGCAAACGCAAAGAAGUUCGUAUCGCAGACAGUGGUCCAGGAAGUGGUCAAUGGGAUGUGGACGGGAGAAAUAAUAUUGUGGGAUACUUUGAGCGUUCAUUCAAAGAAAAAACCACAGCUGUUCCACAAAAGAAUGACCGAUCCAUAUUGCCGAUUGCGGGUCCCCGUCUAUCGCAAAACCUUCGAGGCUGUGUUUUUCUUGUCAUUUAUCGCUUUGUACUACUAUGUUCUGAUGGCUAGGGACCCUCUGCGAAUCAGCCCCGUCGAAAUAUUGCUGGUCUGCUCCUUGAUGAGCCUGAAUUCUUACUUUGGUAGCUUGAUACCCGUACUCAAGGAAAUGACGAAGGCCCUCCUAAAGUUUCUCCCUGUGGUCGCGAUCCUGUAUAUUGAUUUCGCCUCUUUUCGGCUAUCCCCUUAUGUUGGUAUUCGUCUGCAUGACGAACAUUCUCUUGAUAUCUUCGGUUACGAGUUUAAUGAGCUUGAGCCUAACAGAGCUGCCGAUAUGUGUGACAGUAAGACUGACAUCGUUUGCUGCAAGAACCUGAUACCGCUUUUCUGCAUUCGCCCUCUCCGGCUAUUCUUAUCAAAUGAAUCGAUCCGCCGAGUCCGUAUAGUCCUGUUGAAGGUAACUCACUCGCCAUUUGUGGGCAUCAUUCUUGCAUAUGAAAGUAGUAGACGCUAUGUCACUCGGAAGAACCGCCCUUCAGUGGCAACUUCGUCAUCUCUUUCCCCUGCGGUUGGGAAAAUAGGUUCCUGGGUUGUUAACCUGGAUGAGGCUGCGUUGUGGCUGCCAAAAGGGGCUCAAGCAGAAGGGCAUCGUGCUUGA